CACACGUGCGAAAUUCACGUGCAUUUAUACGGUUAUUGAAGUCAGUUGAGGAGAUAACAUGUCGAAAUAACUCUCCAGAAUGUCUUUUAGUCAUAUUCCGCCUUCACCAAACUGGUAUUGCAGUAAAGUUAGCGAUGUUAACACGACGGGGCUGUAUGUUUUCGGUGCCCGUAGUAAUGUUUACAUUUUUAAAACUAAUGGGGGAAACCAUGGACCUCCACAUUUUGUUGGCAUGUUCACUGAGCACAAGGACCGGGUGUCGUCCACGAUGCUUGGGCAGACAAAAGAGAACCAUGGCAGUUGUUGCAGCACUUCAGAUGAUGGUUUUGUAAAAGUUUGGGACAUCGCGUCAAAGGUUACCACAAAAUCUCAUUCAGAGCAUAAGGACAAGAUUACAUGUGGAAGUUGGUCUAGUCUCCAGGAUGAUCUGAUUGUAACUGGAGACGAACGAGGAAACAUAAUCUGCUGGCAAUAUAAAGCAGACAUCUGUCAGAAAUUUAAACAAGAAAAAGAAUAUAUUUUCAGUAUUGCUUGCUCUCCACAUAAAAAGUUCCAUGUAGCUGUUGGUUAUAAGUCUGGAAAUGUAUUAUUACUAGAUAUUACGAAGAAUUGUCGAGUUCUUCACAAACUACGAGGUCACGAUGAUGAGAUCCACUGUAUCGUCUGGUGUCCAGUUCCAGGGGAGACAAUUUUUACAGACGGGGAACAAGACGAGAAAGAUGAUGCUGCUAAAACUGGCUGUAUCGUAGCAACAGGAUCUAGAGAUAGAACGAUUAAAUUCUGGAGUAGUGAGAAAGGGAGACAACUGUUUCAGAAGAAAUUGCCGAUAAAUACAGGAUAUAAACGGGAACAGCGAGAGGAAGGCCGCAAUAAAGUCUGGUUAACUCUGUACUGGAGAAAAGAAAAAUGGCAUCAGUUGAUUUCCAGCUCUCAUGGUGGUGAGUUAAUAUUAUGGGAUAUAUUGCCGUCUGCUGAGAAACCAAUGCAACUGUUUUCAUCUACUGAAGGUCGAGGUCAUACCAGAGUGGUGUUCAAUAUUUGUGCCAGCAGCAAGGAUGAGAACCAUCUUUAUACUAUAUCCAUGGACAGAUUGAUUGGUGUAUGGAGUUUAAAAACCAUGUCUUGUAUUAACACAUUACCUAGUCUUGGUGGAUAUCUCUAUACUAUAAAAUCAUCCCCAGUAGAUCCAGGACGGCUAGCUCUAGGUGUGGGAGAUUCUAUGAUUAGAGUAUGGAAUACCAACAAUAAGACCAAUUCCUUUGAUUUCCAGAGUUUAUGGCAAGGAAUAAAAUCUAAAGUUACAUGUUUAAGUUGGCAUCCAAGUAAAGAAAGUUGGUUAGCCUACGGUACUGAUGAUGGUAGAGUUGGUAUUUAUGAUGUCUUCUCACAGAAACCACCAUUGUUGUCUGGUACAUUCCAUAGAAAAACAGUUUAUGUUGUUGCUUGGGGUCCACCAUCUAAAUGUACAGAGGAGAAUUUCAGUAAUUUUAGUCUGUAUACAGUGGGUGAUGGGGUGAUACUAGAACAUCAUCCUAAAGUCAUGUCGAAAGAGGCUACCAAUAUAAACAAGAUCAUUGAGUCUGCUAACGGCAAGAAAACUCCAGGAAGUCAUCUUAUACGAAGUGAUAUUUCAUGGAAACCAGAUUAUUCUCUUGUUGCUAUUGGCAACGAAGAUGGAUCUGUGGAUGUUUAUUGGGCAGAUUUUAAACUACGCUGUGUGAUACAGGUUCAUCGUAAACUAAUCAACUGUCUACAGUGGCACCCCCAUAUCACCACCCAGGGGGGUUCUAUAGUCUCCACCUGUAACAGCUGGCUAGCCUCCGGGGCUAAUGAUGCCAUGGUUCAUAUUGUUGACCUCUCAGACAUUCCAGUUGAUAAACCAGUGACUAUUAUUGAGAGUAUGAGGAAGUUGGAGGGUCAUUCUAUAAGAGUGACAGGGUUGUCAUGGUCACCACAUGUGGAUGGUAAAAUAGCCUCAUGUGGCUAUGAUUCUUCUGUUAUAGUAUGGAAUGUAAAGACAGGAACAGCUCUAGUGAAAUUUGACGGACAUCAAGGUAGAAUACUAUCUGUAUUAUGGAGUGGUCUGGAUCCUGAUGAGAUUAUCAGUGGAGGGUUUGAUUGUUCUCUUCAUCGCUGGAAAAUAUCCUCCCUACCUAAAGCUCUUCUGGAAUUUGGAAUGGUGUUCUUACUCUUCUUGACACCUGAUACCACUUUUCAUCAUGAAAUACAUCCUCAUAUGUUUGAUAUGUAUCCUCCUCAUGUGAAAAGUUCGUUAGCUGCUACCAAUUAUUGCCAGACUUUGGCAGCCAAACUGUUAUGUUAG